UGGUCAAAGUUUAAAUGCACGCGACAAUGGCUUGAAUGUGAUUAUUGGUGUGAGAGAAGGCGGAAGUAGUUGGAAAGAAGCAUUGAAAGAUGAAGCAGUCUCAAAAGGAACAAUUAUUCUUGAUUUAUUGUCGGAUGCUGCACAAAAAGCACUUUGGCCUCAAAUGGCUUCACACCUGACUAAAGGAAAAACAUUAUAUUUUUCUCAUGGUUUUUCAGUAGUUUAUAAAGAUCAAACAAAUGUAAUACCACCAAAAGAUAUUGAUGUGAUUUUAGUUGCACCCAAAGGUUCAGGUAGAACUGUUAGAUCAUUAUUCCUCGAAGGACGUGGCAUUAAUUCAUCUUUCGCAGUAUUCCAAGACGCAUCUGGAAAAGCUAAAGAUAAAGCUGUUGCGCUUGGUGUUGCUAUAGGCUCAGGUUAUCUUUAUGAAACAACUUUUGAAAGAGAGGUGUUUUCUGAUCUUGUAGGUGAACGAGGUGUUCUUAUGGGUGCAAUUCAAGGUUUAUUUUUAGCCCAAUAUGAGGUUUUAAGAGCAAAUGGUCAUACACCUUCUGAAGCAUUCAAUGAAACAGUAGAAGAGGCUACACAAUCUCUAUAUCCUUUGAUUGGCGAAAAUGGAAUGGAUUGGUAG